UUAUCUAUACUCUCCCGCGUCCAGUUUAUCAUAGCUUCUUAGAUUUAACGCGAAGACGUUGAACUGGUUUGUUUCAACAAUAUCACUGGUGUCCUGUCGAAGUGGAUGUAGUGCAGUGCCAAACUUUGUCGUAUUUAUUUUCUUAAACGGUGGAUAAGGCGUUGAGAUGAAUCCGACUGCAGUUGGGCUGAUAUUUUGUUCCAUCCUUUUCGGUUUUUAUGACUUUGUUACGUGUUACCCGGAAGUUAAGCUUCUACACGUGCUAUUCAGACACGGGGAUAAAGUGCCUGACAUAGAAUUUCAAAAUUAUCCGCUAGACCCGUAUGGAAAUCAUUCUUAUUACCCGAUUGGAAGCGGUGGUCUGACGAAUGAUGGAAAAAUGCGCGAGUACAAGAUAGGCAAAAUGCUUCGUGAUCGAUACAACGAUUUCUUCGGUCCGAAUUAUUUGCCGGAUGAGAUUUACGCAAGAUCAACAGCUAUGCAUAGGACUCAGAUGUCUCUUCAGCUGGUACUAGCAGGCCUCUUUCCCCCCAUCGGCCAGCAGAUUUGGAACCCGGAUUUACCGUGGCAGCCUGUGUCAGUGUUUUCCGAAAACAUCAACGAAGAUUUCCUCUUGUUUCCACAAGAUUGUUCGAUGUACCAGAAGGCGUACAGGAAUUUCCUGCAGUCAAAAGAAGCCCGACAGCAAAUCAAUAAGUACAACAGCAUUCUGGCCUACCUAACGAAGCACACGGGAAAAACGGUCGACACAACUUCCGCUACCUAUUACCUGUACAAUUUGCUCAAGGAAGAGGAAUUGCAAGGUCUGACGUUGCCGAGUUGGUCUUCCGAGGUCUACCCGUUUCCCAUGAUGAACAUUACCAUCCUGAGCUUCGACCAUAGGUCAUACACUACACAGUUGAAGCGUUUAAACGGGGGUGUUUUGCUCAAACGGAUCACCGGCGACAUGCAAGACCUCAGAAGGGGUUGUCUCAAGCCUCGAGAAAGGAAAGCGUUCUUUUACAGCGCACAUGAAAAUAACGUGGCUGCCAUGGCGCGUACUCUCGGUACAAACGUUCCCCAACUACCCGCGUACGGAUCGACGAUCAUCUUCGAAACCCUUCAAGAUCGUGACAAGGAUGACGAGUACUUUGUCCGGGUUCUCCACUACACAGGAGUUACCGAAAAAUUAAUUACACAGACCAUUCCCGGAUGUUCCGAGGUCUGCCCGCUCGAUGAAUUCCUCAAACUUUUGCGGGAUGUAAUUCCAGACCAGACCGAGUAUUGCCACGGCGGUAACAUUCCGACAUCUGGUUCAAGCUCCUUCCCGAAUAAUAUAUUGCGCCUCGCCGUUCUGGCGAUAAUUAUCAGACUGCAUUCCGACUAAGCUUGCGGUUAAACGUUCUCUGACCCAGUUAACGCAUGGUAAUUUUCGCUAUAACCAUGUGCUUAUUAUAAUCAUUUUCCGUCACGUACGUCAAUUUUAUUUUCUUCGUGUCAUGAAUUAUUUACACACAAGUCUUUCAGGUACAUUUCCUUUUCCAUUUCUGACUGAUAUGAGAGCAGGUAAAAGUCAGAAGUAAUCUGGCAGACAAAUAAAAAAUCCAGACAAGACUUCAUUCUAUCCGUUGAUCGAGGUUCAACCAUUUAAUUAAAAUCUGAACGUCCUCCAAGGUAAUCCAUCUGCAUCCUGACCAGAAUGACGAUUAUUCACGAUACUGCUUUCAUAUGUCGGUAGGCUUUGAUCGAAUUGCACUUGAUGAGGCAUAUUUUUUUUAUUAAUAAGUGCAGAACACCCUUACUUUUCAUCAUUUCGCUGUAAAGUAGUUGGCAGUAGGAUCCUGAGGCAUAUAUUCUUCGGUACAAGUUUCCGCAACGUCCGUUCGGAUUGUUCAAUUUGCCUGGUAUGAGCCAUCGAGACGGUGGACUCACUGUCAGCGUGUCCGACUGUACUUGACGACUUCAACGACGUGACGAUAAUUUUUGUUAGUUCUGUGUAAUAAUAUAAUUGGUCAGGCACGGUAUAUGUAUAGCGGCGCAAACAGCAAAACAAUAAACAAAGUUGACUGUUUUCGCGCA